AUGUUUAAACCGGCCGCUCUGAGAUGUCAGACAUUCAGUCAGGCAGAGUCGAGAGCGAAACAACUGUGGCCUGCUGAUGAUCAACAACAACAACAACAACAUCGAGCGUGAAAGUAGACGUAUAUGCAUGUAUGUAUAUGUUUGAGUGUGUGGUGUGCUUGAGUUUGUUUGAUUGUGUGUGUAAGUGCAUGUAUAUAUAUGUGCAUGACUAAUUUACCCGGCAUCGUCGUUAGAAAUGCCAUCGAUAUUGUAAUUAAUAUUUAUUGUUAUUGAUGUUUGAUAUUCCUUCGUGUCUCAAGCACAGCAGCAAACAACAACUACAACAACAACAACAAUCCACAGGAAAAUAAAAGAACAACCAACCAAACGGAGUAACUUACAUAUCUUUGUAUUAUAAAUGCAAGAAUCCAGGAGUACCUGAAAACUAGCAGAACAAUCACAAAAUAUACAACAGCAGCGAAUUGCACAAAUCGUGUCAACAAGGGAGAUUUUACGUGGUUUACUUGUUGGCCUGCUAAAAAAAAUAGCAGUCAAAUCUUCUUUAAAUCACGCUCCACCAACUAAAAAUUUAAAAUUUAUAAAAGAAAAUAUACUUCGCAUUGGAUAAAGUGAUGCUAAAUACAUUGAAUAUGGCAGGGAAAUGCCUGGAUGGUACCCUCUGAAUUGAUCCUAGCCGCCUAGGGGUUAAACACUAGUAACUAUUAACCAUAAAAAGAAAAAAAAAAAGGAAGUAUUAUCUACAGACAGUCAUUAAUUACGUCAAUAUAAUCAACACAUACACUGGCUUAAUUACACUCAUUCAUUAAAUAUCCUACUGUUGUUGUUUUUGUUUGCAAACCAGUUACAAAAACAAGUAAAUACUAUAUUUAUAACGAAUAUUUGAAAAAAAUAUUGAAACAGCAUCAGAGUAAUAAACAGAAGAGAAAAAUUACUGCACACACACACACACACACACUCGCUAAAGCAAUAACAAUCCCCACGCGCUCACCGGCCGCACCCUGUCCGCCCUGUUAAUCCAUUCUGUAUGGAGUUUUACCAUAUCGAAGAAGUGAAAAAAAAAAGUUUUGUGUCUCCUCAAAGUGAACGUCCGAAAGAAUAGAUGCUGAGUAAACGUGAUGGAUUUCCAGCUUGACUCUACUUGAAUCCCACUCAUAAACAAACAUAUAUAUAUACAUCAAAUUAUAUGUAUAUAUAUACACAAGCAUAUCUAUACAUCUGUAUAUAUUUCAAGAGCAAUCAUUGUUAGUUAUAUACGGAUAUAUAUUCGUUCAGACGAGUCAGUAGUAUUCACAUCUACGUUCAACGCUAUAUACAGACAUACACGCGCACACUUGCAUGCGUGUAAGAAGAAGACGAAUUCUUGCGGUAUACAACAAACACGUGCUAAAGUAGUACACAUAUCAACUAUAUAGUACACACACAAAUACACACAUCAGUGUGUCCACAAGUUAAGAGAAAAUAUAUUGGUAGAUUUAGGAUGUUAUGUCUAAUGUCUACAAGCAAACAAUAAAACAGAAUAUUCUUAAGAAAUAUACGCAGCAUAGCCCAACAUACGCACGUUUAUCUACCCAUAUUAUAAACACUCACAAAAGUAGGCUACCUCAACAUACACGCACAAAUGUAUGUAUGUAUAAAUAUAUAUAGGAUACCCCAGAAUUAACACAUAUUUGCACACAAAAAUGUAGGAUAUCCCAACAUAUAAAACUAUAUGUUAUAUAUGUAUAUAUAUACACACACACAACCCAACACAUGUAUGAAAUCUUGGUUGCCGACCUUCCCCCCAGCAUUUAUAUAUCAGUACAGGCGAUCCUCGAAGACAGCAAUCACAACAGCAACAACACUCCACCUUCAUGAGACAAAAAACAACAACAGCAACAACAACACUACAACCAUCUAACACACCCUAGCAGCCCCUUUUCACCGAUCCCUUAUAAAAACAAACAAACAAACAAAAAACACACCUCUUCCUCCCCAGAGAGAAAAAAAAAACCCCACUAACCGCGUCAAUCUCUCCUCCUUCGCCAUCCAUCCUUUCCCCCGCCACAUCCUUACCAUUCUUUCUUUGAAACGAAACUAGCAACAAUGGUUGCAGAGGGGGCUUCUUGCCGGUCUACAGCUUUAGUUAUUCCGUUGUUGCUGUUGUCAAUGUUUGUGCCGUCGGCUUUCACGUUCAACAUCGACACAAGAAAUGUUUUUAUCGUAUCGGGGCCCAACGGAUCUUAUUUCGGAUAUUCUUUGGCUUUUUACCAACAUCCACAGCAACAAGAAAAUCCCAAGUUAAUUGUAGGUGCACCAAAGUUUGAAGAAGACGGCAAGUGGUAUGGAAAAAUAUUUUCCUGUUCAGUACGGCAGAACAAUUCUUGCCAACCAAUUGAUGUUAAAUUUAAAUCUAAGGAUGGUACUAGUUAUCUUACAAAUGGCACCUGGAUUGGUGGAACAAUGGAUACAAAUGAACAGAAAAAUAAAGUCAUGAUAUGUGCCCAUAGAUAUAAAAUUCUAAUAUCACGGUUGCCAAGGAUGACAGGUAUUUGUCUUGAGAUGUCCGACCCAAUUGGUCAAGUCACAAGAAUGCUGGAGUGCCGAGAAGAUCAGAAAAGAAAUGGUGUUUACUACUAUGGUGUUGCUCAAUUAGGUACAUCAAUGAAAUAUUCUAAGGACAACAAGACAUUACUGUUUGGAACACCAGGACUUUAUCAAGGCAAAGGUGGCUUUGCCAUUUACAAUGAAACUGGUUGUGAGGUUAUAGACUAUUCCGAUACAAGAAGAAAUUUAGUACAUACAGAUGAUGAGUAUGAAUACCAAAUGGUUGGUUACUCAAUAACAAGUGGCAGGUACUUCAACAAGCAAGUACAUACAGUUGUGGGAGCCCCUGGCAUUUCAACCAGUGGGCUUGGAAAGAUUUAUUUCUACUCUGGUGGCACUUUGUUCCAAUAUUAUAAAGGUACACAAUUUGGAAGUGGUUUUGGGUCAAGCUUGCUCACAGCAGAUGUUACAGGAGAUGGCAAUGAUGAUUUAAUUGUAGGAGCACCAUACCAGUACAGUAUAAAGAACGAGGGUCAUGUACAUGUUUUUAUCAGCACUGGUUGGGGACUCUUUCAUAGGUCAGAACUUUGUGGGGAUAAUGUUGUUAAUGCUCAUUUUGGAAUGGCUUUGGGAAAUCUUGGUGACAUCAACAAAGACGGUUUUGAAGACAUUGUAGUUGGAGCACCGUAUGAAGAGGACAGUGGUGCCAUUUAUAUAUAUUUUGGAAACAAUCUUAAACUCGAUGAGAACAACAGACAGAAAAUUCUUGGAAAGACAUUGGACAAGGAUCUGAAAGGUUUUGGAAUUUCAUUUUCAAAACCUAUGGAUAUUGACGGAAAUGGUUAUGAUGACUUCUUUGCUGGUGCCUUUCUGUCAGAUAAUGCUGUGUUACUCUCUUCGAGAGAAAUAAAGGCCGAAAGCAGCAUCACAACUAACCCUAGAGAAUUAGAUCCUUCAAAUGUCAGAUGUUUUGGUGAAAUCUUUACCUCUGGAUGUCUUGAUUUAAAGUUGUGUAUUAAACUAAAAGGAAAAAACUUAAAAAAUAUCAAAACAACCAUCAAUAUUGAUGUGGAUCUUGAUCAAGAAAAAACCAAGAAACGAAUUGCCUUAGAAGGUUCAAACACCAAAGAAAUAAUACUUCAAAGCGAAGAAGAAAGUUGUAUUUCAAUGGCUUUAAAAACACGGAAAACCAACAAUAUUUUCUCCUCUGUGAUCAUGCACUUUAGAGUAUCUUACCGCAUCAAAGAAGCUGGAAAUUUACUUGACAAAACAUUACUCACAAAAGAAAUACCAUUUGUUACAGAGUGUGGAAUUGACAAAAUUUGUUACAGUGAAUUAGUUCCAAAUCUCCAAAUUGUAGACCCUCAAACGAAUGAUAUUUUGGUUAUCGGAGAGACUGCUAUGUUCGAAGUCAGAGUUACAGUUCGUAAUGCAGGGGAGCCUGCAUACCAGCCUAUUGGUACCUUAAGAUACCCUCUCUAUGUACAAUACAUCCCUAACUCUGCUACAAAUGGUGUCAACUGUUCUGCUGAAUCUAUUGUCUUAUUUGGUGAAGAAAAGAACAAAGUUGUUAGAUGCGAUCUGAAGAAUCCUAUAAGAAAAGAAGAUUUCUCUUACAACAUGACAUUUGUGAUUGAAGAAGAACAUUUGAAGUUUGGUAUGUUUCCAAUAAAGUUCUCAGUCACAUCUCAAAGUGAAGAAAUGUGCAACAAAAAUGAUGCUAUGAAAUUAACAGUGAAAAUGAGGAAAAGGGCACAGCUACUUCUCUCUGGGUCAUCGGAACCCGCAUUCAUUGUAGUCAGUGAUAAAAGAAAUAAAAAUUCAGGAAUACGAAGUGUUGCACAUAAAUAUGUUUUCUAUAAUAAAGGACCAAGUGACAUCACAAAAGUCUGGUUUUCUGGGAGUGUGAAAACCAUCUAUCAGGAGAUCAAAAGGAAAUCUGUAAGAAUUGUUGUAAAUGCUACUUUGAAGCUCACUCAAAAAGAAAAAGAUCCACUACUAAGUUGUAAUGAGUCGAAGCUGGAGAGAAAUCAGAAAGAAUUUCGAUUCAACUGUGAAGUACUUAAUUUUUCAGCAUCUUUAUCAUUUAAUGUAGAAAUAAUGCUAAAACUUUUCACUCAUUUUACAGAUUCUGACUUAACUCCAGUACUCUCUGACAUAAUGAUAUCAGAACACAAAAAUGAGCAGUUCAUAGCAGGAAUACAAAAUAAGGAAAUGUCUGUUCAGGUUGGGACCAACUUGAGACCAGACCGAAAACCUGUAGAUAUCUGGAUCAUUAUUUUAGGUGUGGCACUGGGAGUGCUUCUUCUAAUUCUAGUUAUUUGUGGUUUAUGGAAGUGUGGAUUCUUUGAAAGACAGAAAGUCCACCACAUACGAGGACACAGUGGCAAGAUGAGACAAUUAACACAGCCUGAUCCUGACGAUGAUAACAAAUAAUAGGAUUAUUAUUAUUAUUAUUGAGGCGAUGAGCUGGCAGAAUAUUGGUUUGCAGUUUCUGCUUCUGCUCUCUACAUUUUGAGUUCAAAUGCCACAAAGGCCAAUGUCGGCUUUUGUCCUUUCAGAGUUGAUGAAGUAAAGUGAAAAUCAAGAACUGAUGCCUGUCAUCAACUUGCCUUCUUCCCCAAAAAUUACUGGCUUUAUACCAAAAUUUGAAACCAUUAUUGUUAUUUUAUUUUUAAUAUUAUUAUUACUAUCAUGGACAUAUGUCCUCUCAUUUCCUCUUCCCCUUCAUUCCCACAUAAAACGAUAAAAACAAUAACAACAAGAAAAGCAUAUUGUUUAUGAUCUCAUGUUCUCACAAACUACAUAUUAGGGAUCAAACAUUGGCCCUUUUUUACCCACCUCAUCCCAUUCCAAUUCAUAACUGAUAUCAUUUCCAUUCUAAUCUCCUCCCACUCAGUCCUAACUCCUCAUCUUCACUCCCUUUGUUUCCAACUCCCUGCCCAACUCCCUCUCAUAAACAACCUGCUCUGGAAAUUCUACAUUGAACCAACUCGGUUAAAAAAAAAAAAAAACGCCACUAAAAGACAAGCAAAAUGCACUUCCAUUUAUUUUUUAAUUUUUCAACUGAUGUAAUUAAAUUUAUUUAUGUGUUGUU